CGUCUUUCGUAAUGCCACACGUCAGCACAGUGCGCCCUCUGUUCUCCUCCUUCACGUAUUUGUUAUGUGAUGUGGAGUUGGAUCGUUACAUGUGAAAAAAAAAUACAUAUAGAUUUGUCACAGGACACACGGUGUUUCGGGAUCGCUCGCCAAAAUGGUACUCAUCGCUGCUGCGGUAUGCACCAAAGCAGGAAAAACCAUCAUUUCUCGACAGUUUGUCGACAUGACAAAGGCAAGAAUAGAAGGCCUACUUGCUGCAUUUCCAAAACUGAUGAGCUCGGGUAAGCAGCAUACAUUUGUGGAGACCGAAUCUGUCAGAUAUGUGUAUCAGCCUUUAGAAAAAGUAUACAUGCUGCUCAUCACUACUAAGGCCAGCAAUAUUUUGGAGGACUUGGAGACCUUGAGGCUCUUUGCCAGAGUACUCCCAGAAUAUUGCAAUUCCAUGGAUGAACUUGAAAUAGCAGAGAACGCAUUCAAUUUGAUAUUUGCAUUCGAUGAGAUCAUUACAUUGGGCUACAGGGAGAGCGUCAAUUUAGCACAAAUAAGAACGUUCGUGGAAAUGGACUCGCAUGAGGAGAAAGUUUAUCAGGCGGUCAGGAUGACGCAAGAACGCGAAGCUAAGAACAAAAUGCGCGAAAAGGCCAAGGAAUUGCAGAGACAACGAAUGGAGGCUAAUAAGAAGAACGUCAAAAGUCCCGGAUUCGGCGGAGGAUUCGGGAGCGGCGGUGUACCAGCCAUCGCGACUGUUGGUGACUCAGCUAACUUUAUGCCUGAACCAAUUAGACCUUCUUACAAGCCCAAACAGAAACCAUCGGUCAACGCUGGACCGGGUGCUAUGAAAUUGGGCGGCAAAUCUCACGACGUGGAUACUUUUGUUGAUCAAUUGAAAGAAGAGGGAGAUAUCAUUUUGGUAGGAGUCAUUACUACUCCUGGAGCGAAACUGACACCGAUUAUGGCUCAAAUAAUUAACUUGGAAUUGGUUCACCUGAGGCAAGAAGAAAAACUCAACGUUCGCGUCGGCCGGGAUGGAGGCUUGCAAUAUUUCGAAUUACUUGGUUUGAUGACGUUACGUAUCUCUGAUGAGAAAUGGGGACGCAUCCGUGUACAGAUUGACAGUAGGCAGGAGAUGAGAGGCAUUCAGUUACAAACUCAUCCAAACGUAGAUAAAGAAUUGUUCAGAUCACGUGGGCAAAUUGGCCUGAAAGUACCUACAAAACCAUUCCCGUUGAACACCGACGUCGGUGUCUUGAAAUGGCGUUUACAAGCGCAAGAAGAAACAGCAUUGCCAAUCUCAAUAAAUUGCUGGCCUUCCGACAACGGAGAGGGCGGCUGCGACGUGAAUAUCGAAUACGAAUUAGAACAGACCGAUCUUGAGUUAAACAACGUCCAAAUAAACAUCCCUCUACCUUUGGGAUGCACUCCUGUCGUCAGCGAAUGUGAUGGACAAUAUGAACACGAACCACGACGGAGCAUGUUAGUCUGGACCCUACCAUUAAUCGACGCUUCGACAAAAUCUGGCUCGAUGGAAUUCUCGGCCCCAUCUUCAAACUCUGCGGAUUUCUUCCCACUACAGGUUUCUUUUUCAUCUAAAACGCCGUAUGUCAAAAUUAAGAUUAGCGAAGUUUUGCACGUAGAUGACGCGAGCUCCGUUAAAUUUUCGGUAGAAUCAGUACUCUAUACUGAUUCUUAUGAGGUCGUAUAAAGUAUUUGAGUAAAUAAGAAUAUGGCAAGAAAGAGAAAAGAUAUAUAUAUUUCUCUCAAUGAGACAUCUAAUGUUACGAUCAGUAAUCGAGAUCGACUAUCGUUUAAUUUUUAAUUUUAUUGCCAUACAAUCAUUCCCCUUGUAUGAUCAAUGAAGAUAUGUUGAUACACGUCGUGCGGUAUAUUUAUGUAUAUCAAUUUAUUGCCGCUAUUAAUUAGCUAUCCGGUGCCGAAUACUUACAUAAGUUUGUAUAAAACGAGAGAAGAGUAUAUUUUAAUUAGAGGAAUUUGAAACUAUUAUGCGACUUAUAAAAUUCACAGUUUUUACUUUUUAUUCAGUACGUAUGUCUUAGUAUUGAAAGAUAGCAUAUGCAAAAAUUGUAUUAUUACCAAAUAUAUAUAUACAUAUAUAUAUAUAAAAUUUUAUUUAUUAUUAAGUUAA